UACAUAUCGCUGAACGUAGUAUAACGCGUUUCUUUCGCGAGUGAAGUACUAAGAAAAUUACGAGUGACUGAUUGCGUAUAUUAUAUUAUAUUACUAAAAUUAGAUAUAUAAAUAGAAUAUUAUUAAAAAAUUAAAUUAAGUUACUUUUUUAAAUCUAAUUAUUUAUGGUGAUGAAACAAUUUUAGAAAAUCAGAAAGAAUUUAAAUUGGGAUUAUAAAAAUUUUAUUAAUAACUUUAUUAAUAACUUUAUUAAUUUUAUUAAUAUAAUAUUCAAAACUGGUUAUUUUUUUAUAUCGACACAACGAUUUUUUUAUCAUUUUCUUAGAAUCGUAUAUUAUAUUUAAAACAUUUUAUAAUUAUGGAACGCUGGGCCCAAAAAUGCGCGAUUGUCACUGGUGCAGCAUCAGGCAUAGGAAAAGAAAUCACAAUCAGUCUUCUGAAGAAUAAAAUAAACGUACUCGCAUUGGACGUGAAUACAGAAAAAUUAUCAUUGUUGAAUCACGAGUGGAUGCAACUCGAAGGGUCCAAUAAAUUAUGUAUAAUGCGUUGCAAUAUAAGCAAUGAGAAAGAUCUAGAAAGAGCUUUCUCAUUUAUGGAAACUGAAUGGAAUUCUGGCGUGGAUAUUAUGGUAAACAAUGCUGGAGUUAUAGAACUUUCACGCAUCAUUGAGAGCGACAGGGCGGCAUUCGAAAAGCUGUUAAAUAUUAAUGUCCUCGCGACCGCCAUGUGCAUCAACCGGGCGGUGCGCUCAAUGCGCCAACGAAACGUCGAAGGGCAUAUUUUCAAUAUCAACAGCGUACUGGGACAUAAAAUUCCGACUACAGUCUUUUCGGAAAUCGAUGGUUGUAAUGGCUGGAACCUGUAUCCGGUUUGCAAACGUGCCAAUAUUACAUUAGCGCAGUCAGUAAAACAAGAAUUAAUAGACAUUAAAGCACCGAUUCGAAUCACUAGUAUCAAUCCAGGUUUGGUUGAAACGGAUCUAUUCAAACACUUUCCCGAACAUGUAACGGACGUUAUAAAAAAUAUGCCGAUUCUUAAACCGGAAGAUAUCGCAAAUGCUGUGAUCUAUGCCCUCAGUAUGCGACCUGAAGUGCAACGUAUUUCAAAAUAUGUCUAAUAUUUUAUCUACAAUAUAACAAUGUCACUAGAAAAAAAAUUGGAUUUUAUUACGAUUUUUCGUCUGCUAUUGAUAUAACCAAACAAAGCUCAAAUUUGAAAAAUAUUUUAAAACUUAUUGAUUUAUUAGAUAUGAUAAUAUACGAUAGGAGAUAAUUCUACAUAUAAAAAUAAGCAAAUAUAAUUUUUCUCAUUUCGAUAAUUGUUACAAAUAACUAAAUAAAUUUACUCACUGACGAAAAUAUUCAUUCAAUGACGAAAAGAAUUUUAACCAAUUUUAAUUGAAAAGAUAAUUAUUAUUCUGAUUUUUAUUUUUUUUUUUAUUUUGAUUAUGACAAUUAUACUCCUUAUUUAGAAAAAAUGAACGGCCGACAAUUUAAAAAAAAAUAUGGAACAUCGUAAAAAAAAUUUCUCGUUAUCACAAAUAAUACUUGACCUAUUCGUAAUCAGACCUAUUUACAAUUCGUGCGAAACGAUCGACACUGGUGUAAGCGUUUCAUUUCGAAGCCUGAUUACGCGCUAUUGAUUACAAACUGUGAAUUGGCGAUACGCAGCCGCACCAUAAUUACAAGGCUCGUGGCUCCUUAGGAUUCAAUGAUUGAUGCUAUUAUUGGACUACGUGAUCGGACUCCGUAUUAAUUCGUGAGCAACAGUUGCUAACUACAAGUCUUCCCCCUUAACCAAUGAUCGAAGAGGGGGGAGGGUUAUCUCUAAUUAGCCGUAAUUAUUAUCGAACAGCGAGAAAGGGGGGGACGUUCCAAAGCGCGCAACGGGGGCCCCCUGCCAUUAAAUAUUCCGCAUACGUGGCCAAAGCAUAUUUCUUGCGUUGAUUAAUGCGCAGGUCCAAUAUAAUUUACGUAAUGCGUUCGCUAAUAGACCGCGGCUCGCGAUUUCGUUAAAUACACGGGGGGCGCACUCGAAAUUUCGAUCGCAAUUUAUCGCGGACGCGGAGGAUGUCAAACGUCCACGCAUUAAUUGACCGAUUCACUGCGAGGCCGGUGAAAAUUCAAUUUCCGCAGGAACAGGACGGAAGCUAAUACUCACCGUUAGUUUUCUUUCCAAUUUUUUUUCUUUUUUCUUUUUUUUCUUUUUUUUUUUUUUUGUGAAUCGUGAAUGUUUUCGAAAGGAAGUCAAACGGGAGUUUCGUAACGUUGUUGAAAAUUUAAUUUAUUGCGUUAACGUGUUCACUGUUGGAUCGGUGGAUAGUGAUCGAUGUAGAAGUUUGGGUUAACGGUAUCUCUUUCGUUUUGUAUAUGUAUAUAUAUUACAUGUAUUUGAUUUGUUUGACUCUGUGUAGAUACAGAUAUCAAUAUGUAAAUUAAGUCGUUCGAUUUUAUUUUUAUGGAAAUUUAUAAAUGAAAUUUAUAAUUCAUUAAGAGUACUUAAUUAAUUAAGUGAUUUCCUUGGCUAAGCAGUUAAUAUUGUUGUUUAUUGAAAUUUUUAUUUAAGAUGAAACUCAUUAUUUGUAUUUAUGUAAUUAAAAUAAUAUAUUAUAAUAAUUUAAUGUAUGUGUUAUGUAAUUAUUUUAAUAAUAAUAAUGAAAAUAUAUAAAUAACAACAGGAUUAAUUAUAUAUUAUUCGAUUCUUAAUAUAAAAACAAAAAAAGAUAAUAAUAAAAUAGAUAAUAAUAAAUAUAUUAAUACGGCCAUACAUUGUAAAAAUUUAAAAUAAAAAUUUCUCAAUGCCAUGACGAGUAAGAAUAUUAAUACUGAUAAUACUAAUAUAUAUUUAAUUUUUUGAGAUAAUUAAUUAAUAUUCACAAAAUUUUUAAAUUUAUAACUUAAAAAAUAUUCUUUUGUAAAGAUUUUUAGAAUGAAAAUCUGAAGUCAGGCACAAAAGAUAUACUUUUCUUAGAUUUUCAUAAAUGCUUGCAUAUAGCAUCUUUUAAAAUAUGAAAUUUUAAUAGUUUUCUCGAUAUACUUUGGGGUUUUCUAUAAAAAUGUUAAAUGUAUCAUUUACAGAUAAUUAAAAGUUUACAUUAAUAUAAAAAAUAAAAAUAUAAUGGCAAAGUGUAAAAUUAAUUCCCAUUGGAAAAAUGUAUAAAUAAAUUGAAUCGACUUGUUAAUUAUUACUAUUUAUUAGUAAUAUAUACUAUUUAUUAAUAUAUUUGAUAAUAAAAAGUGCAAAUGAAAGAGUAUAAAAAAAAAAAAAGAACAAAGAUUCACUACGAGAAGUCGUAACGCUCGAUGAGCUUGGACGUCAAUGUACGAAUGUACAUUUGCUCAACGAUGGGAUGCACGCAAAGUUUCAACAACCAAGGCAAAAACUCACAUUGUGCACAGGUUUACCGUCACCCAAGGUAUCUCGGUGCACGAGACAGUUAAGGUGUCAAACAACUUCCAACGAGCUUCGAGUAGUUUAGAAUUUCGUUCACAGGAUGCUCCCCUUGCACGCUAUACUUUUCACGGUUAAUAACUUUCCACCUUUUUAGCUGUUUAGUAAUCUGUCAUAAUAAAAAUGCGAUUUACGAAAAAGUUUUUUAUACGCGUAAAGUAAAUUUUUUGCAUAGGACGUUUAGUUGAACCUUCCGUGUUACGUCAGAAAGUUUGCAAAAUUCUGUAUUUGACAUGAAGUGUUUCUAAAAGGAAAAAAAAAUCGAUGUUUUUCACUCUUUCUUUCUCUUAUCCUCUUGUUAUGUAUGAAACUUCAAUAAAGAUUUAUUUCAACUGUACAUAUUGAUUUUAUAAAUAAUUCAAAAUGUAAUUCAAAUGCAAAUAUGAAAUCGAUGUUAUAUACGUGUUUGUAUAGACGCAUAUAUGUACGUGUAUAGAUGUUAUAAUAAAAGCAAUUGGAAAUCGA